AUGUCAAAGGGUCCCGUCGUGAUAGGCUCUACGCAGCAGUUCGAUGCGCUCCUCAAGUCGUCGCGCAUCGUCGUCGCUGACUUCUACGCCGACUGGUGCGGUCCUUGCAAACAGAUCGCCCCCCUUUACGCAUCACUCUCGAACGAACUAUCCCGCGAAAACAUCCUGACCUUUGUCAAGAUCAACAGCGAAGAACAGGGAGAGCUGUCUGAAAGAUACCAGGUGUCGGCCCUACCAACCUUCCUCCUCUUCCUGGACGGAAAGCAGAUCGACAAGGUCCAGGGCGCCAAUCCUCCCAAGCUCCAAGCCAUGGUUCAAAAGCUGGCGGCCGAGGUGGACUCGCUCGGCGAGAGCGGCGCCGCCUCUAGCAGCGGAGGCAAUUGGAAGGGCGCAGAGAUCCCUCGAGGCUACAGCGACAUCACAGACCAAAUAGAGGUUCGAGAUCUCGAGGUCCUCAAUGCAGAUGAGGAGAGCGGCUCCGUCAGGGUUCUGUUUGAGGGGAGCAAGCCCAGCGGACUGAGCAAUGGCAAGGGAACAGCCAAGGAUUUUGUCCAAAGUGGCGCCGACGACCAGCUGCUCCUGUUCAUUCCCUUCCAGUCGACCGUCAAGCUUCACACCCUCCAGCUUACUUCGCUUCCCCCCAAAGACGACGAGGAUGCGCCAAUGCGACCAGGAAUCAUCCACCUGUACAUCAACCGUCCCCACAACCUCGACUUCAGCGAGGCCGACGAGACCGAGCCCACACAGAUCAUCGACAUCCCUGCCGAGGACUGGAACGCCGACGGAACGGUCAAUGUUGGACUGCGCUUUGUCAAGUUCACAAAGACGUCAACCCUAAUCGUCUACGUCCAGCAGGGCGAGGGUGAUGGCGAGACCGUCCGGCUUGAUCGGGUGAAGCUCAUUGGCGAGGCUGGAACCAAGCGCGAGAUGGGUAAGCUGCAGAAGGUUGGAGAAGACGAGUAA